UUUUUUCCUCCUCUAAGUCAAACUCAAUUUAUUGAUUAGUUAUCAGAUCUCACCUUAUUACUGCUCUCAAAAUGCCUAAGAACAAAAAAGUUGAAUCUGGCUCUGAUUCAGAUUCUGGACCUGAGGAUCGCAAUCCUGCAAAGAAGUCCAAAUCUGAGGCUGAUGGAGGUAGCAAGAAAGGUGGGCGCAGCAAUUCCCCCAAGCGCAAUGAAAGCGGUGACCCCUACUGGGACCUAGGAAUGCGCAAGCGUGUCACAGUCAGAGAGUUCAAAGGCAGCACCUUUGUAGACAUCAGGGAGUACUAUGAGAAGGAUGGCAAAAAUCUUCCUGGCAAGAAAGGCAUCUCAUUGAAGGCUGGAGACUGGGGGCUCCUCAAGGAUCUCAUCGAGGAUAUUGAUGACGCUCUCCGUCAGCACUGAGUCAACUAUAUCUUUCAUUUCUUUUCAUCUGUGAUGUAUUACAUUGAAAAUUGGCUUUAUUUUCAUAUAUGACAAAGGAUUUUUUUGAUGUCUUGGACUACGAAUUGUGUAGAUCUACAAAUUUGUUGUUUGUAACUGUACUUGUAGGUAGCUUGGGGUUAUUCUUUCCCUUAGGUUUUUGCUACACGUAAUUCGUAGAUGCGGGAGAGUCAUCUGGUACUACCAAAUUUUCUUGUUGUGAUUUGUUCGAUGGAAAGUUUGGGUGAAAAUUGUUGGAGUGUUUAUUUUUAUCUUUAGUUAAAGUAUGAAUGUCAGUUGCUGGCAUUAGUAUUUAGUAUUCACAUCUGCUGCCACUUGAUGAUUUAGAAUAAAUCUAAUAAUCUAAUAAAGGUUGAAGUCAU